AUGUCACUUAUAGCAAAUGAUGGUUCAAACGAUUGCAAUAUUUAGACCUUAAAUUAAUUAAUUAUGGAGUUUUACUUAGCACCCUUUAAUUAAAAGCACUUGUGUAGUAUUCAAUUAAGAAUGAUUAAAAUGUUUGAAAAAAAAAUCGCCACAGAUUAAGAAUCUGAUAUAAUAGAAAUAUUUAAAACUUGUUUGAGAGAUUAUGCUUCUGUAAUCUGAAAAUGCAUUAUUUAAUAGGAAUUGCUUUAAGAGUUUUCUGAGGAGAAUUUCAAGUAAGUUGAACAUCUGUGGGAAAUUCAUUAUCGUCUUUAAGCUACAAGUCUCAAAACAGAAAAAUUGUAUGAGAUGUAUUACGGUUUAUUUAAAUUUAAAACGCCAUGUCCCUAUGGUACAUCCAUUAUUUAAUUCUUAAGAUUUUUUUGAAAUCCAUUUUGAUAUUGCUAAAAAAAAUAGACCUAAUUUACAAGAUUCAAGGAAGGUGCAUCAAUAAUAUACAAAAGAACGCAUGAAGUAAAAAGUCACAUUAGUAAAGAUUUUGUAAGAUUAAAGUUUAUCUUAAAAACCUCAACAGAAUAGUGAAUGUUAUUAAUUGAAAUCUCUUUCAAAAAAUAUACAAACUAUUCCAAAGUAAAAGGAUAAACCUCCCACACAGACUACUAUUAAUGUGAGGAAUGAGUUUAAAGAGUUUGAAGAUCGCUUAUCUAAAUUAGAAAACAGUUCAAAUAAACUAGAACCAACAGUUUCAGCUUCAUGGACUUAAAAGUAUAGGAAUUUAUUCUUGAAAAGGAAAAAGUGAU